UCACCACUUGGGCAUCUUGGCUGCGCCGUGUGCCUGGACUCAUUUGCCAUGCUAUGCAGUGCAGUGCAGCGUGGCAGUCGCCGCAGCACAGCACAUGCGCCGGCGUUGCAUGGGAUCCCUUCACUUGGUAGCUUAUCACGUGUCGUCCUCCUCUCUCCACCUUUGCCAACUUCACUACACUACAGUACAUCCACCACCAUACACUUCACGCCUAACCUUUGCCACGAUAUCAACAACACAGCCAGGGACACCCUUCCCGCAAUGGGCGCCAUGGCAUACAAACGAGAGCAGAGAUGUCUCCGGCUCAUGCCCGAGUUUCACAAAGCUCAAAUGCGUAUUGCCUCGGAACUUAAUGCACUGGAGCUAUGAGCUGGCAGCUUUGCGAAUGACUCGGUCGAGUCAAUCCCGCGAUCGACAUGGGACGUGGCAUUCACCAGACAGAGUCUGCACUUACGGAGACUCUAGUGAGAUGUAUUACAUCAACGCCGACAAUCAAGGACAAAGGCCGACACGAGGCUUCGUUCCUGGUGAAGGAAGCUCGACAUUCGAGAGGUCUCGGACACGCUGCAAUUUAUCGACGGAGCUCCUUUUGAAUAAUAUGGUGCGGUAUUCAGUGCCAGUUCUCAGCCUCGGUUGACUCUGAAAUGGUGCUUAAGAAUCACAGCUCCACCAUCUUUCAUUGCGCCUUGUUAUAUGUCUACCGGCCGACUCUCAAACAGCAAGACUCAAAGACCAGGAGGAUAAUAAUACCUUCCCCACUUGAUGAAGAAGGCGCCGGCGACAUUCUAGGCCGCACAGCAA